UGCAAGUAGAGUGUCAAAAUUGGAAGAUCACAAAAAAUUGAUAAGUUGUAUCGAAUGAAAGUUGAUGAGAGAAAGGGGGUGUUUAUUUUUAUUUUUAUUUUUACCAUCAGAGGAAUAUUCACUUGUUUAAUCUAUUCUUUUGGUUAUUAAAAAACUGCAAACCACUAAAUUUAAAGAAAUGCAAUCCACCUCUGUCGCUCCUCCUCCCUUGUCCAGGUAUCCCAUACCCAACCAUUUUCUAUACUUUGAUCAUCACCAUCACCAUCUCAAAGUUAAGAGGAGAAAACCCACUUCUCUCUCAUUCCCGAAUACUCAAAUCAAUUUUCAAUACAUUUCUUCCUUAACUCUCCCCACCACAAGUAACUGCAGCAAAGAGCAUCAAAAGAAACUAAACUCAGAUCAGAUCCCCAUUUUAUUUGAUCAACUCUACUCUUCCACUGACCCUAACCAAAACCCAGAACCUCAAAACCAAAAACAAGAAGAGGAUAGCGACGAAAAGUGUCCUGCGCUUUUCACAAAGAUGUGGUGGGCGGAAGUGAAAGCAGCUUUGGGCCAAAGAAUUAACGUCGAAGGCCUUGUUUCUUCAGCGGUUGUUUUGGUUAAAGAUCGUCACUUGGUGCUUCCUCAUGUUUCUGUGCCCGAUAUAAGGUACAUUGAUUGGGCGGAGCUGCAGAGGAGGGGUUUUAAAGGUGUUGUGUUUGAUAAAGAUAAUACUAUUACUGCUCCUUACUCUUUGACACUUUGGGGUCCUCUUGGUUCAUCAAUAGAACGGUGUAAGUCGGUGUUCGGUCAAGAUAUUGCGGUGUUCAGUAACUCUGCUGGUCUGUAUGAGUAUGACCAUGAUGGUUCGAAAGCGAGGAAGCUUGAGGAAAAAAUUGGGAUUAAAGUUAUAAGGCACAGGGUGAAGAAACCUGCUGGAACUGCUGAGGAGGUUGAGAAACACUUUGGCUGUAAAUCUUCUCAACUUAUCAUGGUGGGUGAUCGGCCUUUCACAGAUAUAGUUUAUGGGAAUCGGAAUGGAUUUCUGACUAUAUUGACUGAACCAUUAAGUCUUUCCGAGGAGCCAUUCAUUGUUAGACAGGUGAGGAAACUUGAAGUGUUUCUAGUGAAGCAAUGGUUUAGGAGAGGGUUGAAGCCAAUUAGUCACAGUCUACUGCUGGAUGCCAUGCAGUGCGUGAAAGAUCCACCACAUUCAUAAGAAAUUUGUAGUUGCCAUAAUUCAAUUCAUUGAUGAGCCUGUCUACUGGUUCGUAAUUUCUGUCAUUUUUUUUCAACUCUGUGGCGUAUGUGGAAAAGCAGAAGCUGAGGACUGCACUUGAUCAACUAACCUGAGCUUCUUUCGUAACUGGUUGUCACUCUACCUCAUUAGUGUUGAUUCAAGAAGAAGAUUGAUGAUGGAAAUCCACAGGAUGCUGGAGAUGGCACUGCAUUCAGGCAAUGACUAAUAGUGCAAUAAUUAUUUAGUCAAAUGACAAUUUUCUCUCUUGAGCAAUAACAUCCAAUUUUGCUUAUAGCUUGAAUCCAUUGAUCUCUAGUAGAAGUCACUCUGAUAUCAAAUGUUGAUUGUGCUAUAAUUUCGUUGGGUAUGUUAUAAACUGUAAUUAUAGGGGCCUUUUCCGGGUCAAAUGGUCAAAGUCUUGGACUAAUAAGUGCAAGCACUUGUCUUUAACUUGAUGACAGACAGGUUUAAAUUAAAGUCUGGAAAUGAACUCAGUAUUGAGGCUA